GGCCUUGGUCUGCACUCUGGAAUUUCCUGUUCCCACCAGAUCCAAGGUCACCAGCCCUGUAGGUGACUGUCAGGAGAGACUGCUCACAGAGUGGAGACACUUUGAGUAAGGAGGUUGGAGAUGUGAACUCCAGGCUCCUUAAAUCAUCUUCCUCACCUUCUCUCCUCUCUUCUUUCAUCUCUUAGCUCUGUCUCUCUCCCCCCUCCCAUUUCCUCUCUGUGUCAUUUGGAGAUAGUUCAUAGAGGACACCGUACCUCAGCCCCUCUCUGUUCUCUGCGAUUGAUUCCAUUUCAGUUCAAGACUACCCUGUGUCUCUAACACUGCAGGGAGGAAGGGAAGCAGGGCAGGGAGCAGAAGUCCUGGCUCUCUCUAUCUACCAGAGGACUCACAGUGUCACCCCAGGGAACCCUCGUGACCUCUGCAGGAAGCCUGGGAAGUGACCACAAGGCCUGUCAUGCCCCAGCUAUUCUGGGCUUCCUAGCCUCAACACCGCCCAGAGCAUGUGGCAGCUCACUGGGGGUCUUGAUUCCUGCUGCUCUUCUCAAAACUCCCCUUCUGUGCUACUGAUUGGUCAAGACUAAGUCCCAGACCCUAUCCCUCCUUCCUGGGCUGGAGGUAGUAACAGGAUCCACUCACCCUGCGGAGGCAGCGCCAGAGGAGGGCUCUCUGGAGGAGGCGGCAACCCCCAUGCCCCAAGGCAAUGGCCCUGGGGUCCCCCAGGCAUUGGACAGCACUGACCUCGAUGUCCCCACAGAAGCUGUGACAUGUCAGCCUCAGGGGAACCCCUUGGGCUGCACCCCACUACUGCCGAAUGGCUCUGGCCACCCCUCAGAGCUGGGCAGCACCAGACGGGCAGGGAACGGUGCCCUGAGUGGCCCCAAGGCCCAUCGGAAGUUGCAGACACACCCAUCUCUCGCCAGCCAGGGCAGCAAGAAGAGUAAGAGCAGCACCAAAUCCACCGCCUCCCAGAUCCCCCUCCAGGCACAGGAAGGGAGGAAGAAAAAAACAUAUAGCAGAACAAAAUGGUGCCGGGGCAGGGCUGCAAGGUGCAGUGGGAGGUCAGAGGAUCCAGACUCCAGACAGCUGUUGUGCCUGCAACACAAAGAUCUCCGCAGGGCUGCAGGGCAGCCAGCCCCCUCCUCACCAGCCAUCAGACUGCUGUGUCCACUGCAUCCUGUCCUGCCUCUUCUGCGAGUUCCUGACGCUGUGCAACAUCGUCCUGGACUGUGCCACCUGCGGCUCCUGCAGCUCAGAGGACUCGUGCCUCUGCUGCUGCUGCUGCGGCUCCGGCGAGUGUGCUGACUGCGACCUGCCCUGCGACCUGGACUGUGGCAUCCUGGAUGCCUGCUGCGAGUCUGCGGACUGCCUGGAGAUCUGCAUGGAGUGUUGUGGUCUCUGCUUCUCCUCCUGAGCCUCUGUCUGGGACUGGGCCAGCCGGGCACCCCUGCAGAUUCCAGCAGGGUCCUCCUGAGUGGGGCCAGGCCUAGGACUGUCACACAAGGCUUGAGAAGGCCCCCUGUCCCUGGUCCUCUUUCACCCACCCAUGUCCUCUCAGAACCCCAACUUUGAAAAUGGAGGGGGCGUGCUCAGAGGGGCUGUUUCAGCCGUGGGUGGUGGGCCCACGGCAUAGAAGCCUGAACUCUUUACUGGGUUACCAGGGACACACAUCAUUCGAAGACCUGGUGGGACAGCCUAGGGGCAGGGCUGGGGUGGGGGCUGCAGGGGGCCAGCCAGGGCUGCGGAACACUGUGAAAGUUACCUGGGGAGGAUGGGUUGGUGGGGCCAUGGCUCUCUACCUCUCCCUGCUCCUGGUGCCUGCCUCUCUCCACCACCUCGGGCUUAGAGGACAGCAAAUGUGAAAAGAGACACCCCACCCGCCCUCAGCCAGCCCUCUCCAGUGUCCUAUCCUAGGCUUUUGUGGGGGCCUAACACAUGCAGUGACUCUGGAAAGCAGGGCUAGGCAAGGCCUUUGGGUAGGGUGGGAGGGGGAACAGUAUGGAAAAGACUGGAAGGGGAAAGGGAGGGAAGGGAGGGAAGGUCUGUUCUAUUUGUUGCUGUAACUAAAGAUAUUUGUCCAUCUCA